CUGACAUUUUCUGUCAAUUGAACUACUUUCAAUUUUCAUUUUCAGAAGGUAUUUUGUCAUUUUGUAGUUGCAUAACAGGUAAAAUAAAUAUUAUAUAGAAAUAUAUAGUUAAUUGGUGUAUCUAAUUCCGGAGAAUAUAUCUACAAUGCAGGCAUCAAGACUGUUAUCAAACCAAGUGAUCAGACAAUGCACCAGGAGGAAGGUUCAUUAUGACCAGGCGCCUGUCCAGCAGAGCACCUACAACGACCUUCCGCAGCCGCGGGGCUCCUGGAAGACGCAUUACGACGCGAACCAGCGCAAGUACAAUGCCCACCUUGCUCUUGGUGUGGGGGUUUUCAUAGGUUCAAUCCUCUUUGGCAAAUCAGUUGGGUAUUUGGAGUUCUACAAUGACAUUCCAGCUCGUCCAGCUGAUAUUGAAUCAUACAGAUAAAUUAUUCAGUUUUGUAUUGUGAUUAUUUAGUGCAUAUAUUAUAGGAAAUACACUGAUGUAUUAUAUUUAUGGAUUUACCUACCCAUUU